UAUAAAACAAGAAGAUCAGAACAUCUCCUUAGAAACCAAAAAGGAGGGCUUUUCUAGGUACCUGUGUGUGACAAUUUUAAGAUGAAGACCUGUAAAUCAAAUAUCACUGAUUCUGUGUCGGGUCCAGCUUCUUCAUUUGGACUGGGAUCCCCUAAGGUGGAGAACACUGCCAAGAGGAGACUGGCUGCAAACGCCCGUGAGAGGAGGAGAAUGCAAGGUCUAAAUGUUGCCUUCGACCGUUUGCGCCGAGUGGUCCCUCAGUGGGGACAAGACAAGAAGCUAUCCAAGUAUGAGACCUUGCAGAUGGCUCUCAGCUACAUCGGCGCACUGAACCGGAUCUUGACAGACGCGGAAAAGUAUGGAAGUUCACAUACAGACUGGCUUAACGUGCAUGUGGAGCACUUCCAGCCAGAGGACUUUUACUACACAGGCCAAGAAAAUCCACAAGAAGAUGAUGACUACAAUCAGGCAAUCUUCUCAUAUACACAAGAGAACCUACACAUGUUUAAUGAGCUCGCCAGCCAUGUUGGAUCCUGAGAAGAUCAUAGAAAGAAAGAAAGAAAGAAAGAAAGAAAGAAAGAAAGAAAGAAAGAAAGAAAGAAAGAAAGAAAGAAAGAAAGAAAGACUAACUAGAGUUGAUGUGGAACUGGACUUGUUUGUACUGUAGGGGACACCUCAUGUUUACAAGAAUCAGCAGUUCGGGUUUAAUAAGAAAUAUCCGAACCUGAGGCAUCCACCAUGAACUUUAGCAGAUUUCAUUACGCAUAUGCCUUGCACAUCAUAUUUUAAUCAACCAAUUCCUGAACAAGUCUAGCAGGUUUUG